AUCCAACAACAGCAUACAUAUUAUGUUUUUGUGCUUGUCGUCACAUGCAGAGCUGUCUGUGUGUGCCUGUGUGUUUGUCUGAAACACUUCACCACAAAAACCACAAUGCAAUGUACAGUUAGACUUCCACAUACACAUCCUCAUUCGUACCUGCUGUCUGUCUGCUAGCUCGCUGUAGCUGUCACGACAGUCAGAAAUCAUUCUCUGGCUUUUCGAAAAUGCAGGAGAGCUCUGCUUCCAAAGGUGAAAAGACAUGGACAAGACCUAGAAGAUGGUGUUGUUUUUGGAUACUAUUACUCGUGAUGGUAAUGUUAAUUACCUUCUACAUUUCGAGCCCCAAAGUAUCAUGGCCUUUGAAGUAUUGGAGGACACGCUCACAUUCAAGCCAAUCUUACAGCAAUAAGACUACUACAGUCCACAGUGUCUCCCCAGAGGCCCCAGAUGCCCCAGAUGGCCCUCCAGCGUACUUUGUUGCUUACCCGCACCAGUAUGGUUUCGUUUUGGACGAACCCCAUAGAUGUCAGCAGGAAAGCCCAUUCUUGGUUCUUAUGAUCCAAGUCGCACCCCACAACAGAGAGGCCCGUGACGUAAUCCGCAACACGUGGGGCAAAGAAACUACUGUGCUUGGCAGGGUGGUCAGCCACUACUUCCUGCUGGGAAUGUCCAAACAGCAAGAUGGGACAGAAACCAUUAAGGAGCAAGUGUUACAAGAAAGCCAGAGACAUCAUGAUAUUCUUCAGAGUGACUUCUUGGACAGCUACAAUAACCUCACCAUUAAAACUAUGGUCAUGUUCGAAUGGCUCAGCUCCCAUUGCCCCAACACCUCCUACGCCAUGAAGAUUGACUCGGACAUGUUCCUCAAUGUCCACAACCUCGUCGACAUGCUUUUGAAAGCCCCCCGACAUCUCUACAUGACAGGAAUGGUGGCAAGGGGUGCUGCUGUUCUCAGAGACCAAAACUCAAAGUGGUUUCUUCCGGUGUCUGCCUUCCCUGAGUCUAGUUACCCACCGUAUGCCCUGGGACUGGGCUAUGUGUUCUCACUGGAUUUACCCAAAAAGAUACUGGAGGCGUCUGCACAUGUUAAAGCUGUUUACAUUGAAGAUGUGUACGUGGGACUGUGUAUGAGGCAUUUGAGAAUCGCACUGACAGAUCCUCCUCAUGGUAAUUUGUUUAGGGCAUAUAUGCCUACUAGGUCAAGCAACUGUUACUGGACCUCUGUCAUUACAACGUUACUGCAGAACUCUAACCAACUUUCAGAUGUAUGGGGAACAUACCAGACUCAAGCACAGAGUGGCUGUUAACACUUUUGCCCGUGCCUUACAAAAACUAUGUAACUGCAUAGCCCUGUUGCACAGCACAGCAGUUACAACACCACUCUGUUUAUAUCCUAAGUUGCUGCCUUGAUAACAUAUUUUUUUUCAUCUUUGAAGUACGAUCGGGACUUUGGAGAUCUAAACAACAGAGAUUGUGAGACAGAUAUACAUUUUCAGGCUUAGCAAAAUGUGUUCAUAUCUUAGGUAUUUGCGAAGAUUGCACAAAUAAUUGUAAAGAUGUCAAUAAUAUUAAGAUUUUGGGAUGGAGAUCAGUUUUUUUUAUGAAUUGCUCUUGUGUCCAUGCAGUACAUAGAAUGUAACAAAUGUAAUUAAACAGGGAGUUAGCAGGCCUGGUAGUUACCACACUGUGAACGGAUGGAGUUGUCUGGAAGUAAAGCACCUAUAUGUAGCAUAUUAUUGUAAUUUAAUGGUAUGAAGGAAAAUGAUUGUCAAAGGGAAAUGAUUAGCACAAACAAAUAGUCAUGAUUAAGAUUGCGUGUCAGACGUUCACCACUGAAACUUCCCUCAGAGGAAGAGGCCGACCUAACACUGCCGCUGCGUAGCAGAGUGCAUUGAAAGUUACACAACGGCACACAUUAGACAGUUCACACAGUCUGCUGCAGAACAGCUGUAGUUACUACAACUCUGGAAUAAUCUGAAUAACCACGACAUUAAUGGCAUUAACUGUCAGAAAUGCCAGAAUAUUCACCAGCAAAUUAACUUUGUAUAGUGGUAAACGGAAGAGCAUGAUAGCGUCACUGACUAUGACACGAGCAUGCAUGAUAUCGGUCAGUGAACAAAAAAAUAUUUCCCACACUUCCUUGGUUGCUCAUUAAAGUUCCAACUAAAGACAUGCAUGUGUUGCACACAGAUUAUCUUUCGCAAAGAUCUGAUAAAGUGAGGAUGUGUUCGUUUACUGAGUGAUGUAAAGUGCUUGAAUCAGAGUGAAAGACUUGGCGUGCCGUUUGCCUUUUAUCUUAGGUACUGUCAUGACUGUAUGUUCUGUGCUUAAUCUACGGUAUUUGUCUUUGAAAAUACAGCUAAAUGGAUGAGAAGAAAUACGCAGUACAGUAACAAUUGUGCAAAUAAUUAUGAAUAAUGGAAUACAAUAUAUUUCUUUAACAUAUUUUUCCCAGUUGUCCUAAAAAUGACCAUUCCAAACAACAAAGCUGCAUUCUCAAUUAUGUAUUAAGGGAAACAUAUUUUGUCCCUGAUAACGUUUGUAUUUGACAUAUCACAAAUACGUUUCUAAUCAAAGUCCACCAAAGUCUGCAUAGGGAGUAGGUUGGGGUGGAUGGACGGUUAAAAAAAACAAAAGACUUUCACCCAGGAGACCGCUGUUCAUGUCCUGUGUGAACCCAACAGUCAUCGUCGACUUACAUCAUAUAAUGUAACAAACGUACUUAUUUGAAUCCAUCGAAUCAACCAUCUUCUCCUAAACCUAACCAAGUAGUUUUGUUUCAAUUCACGGCGUUAACCAUGUGUUUAAAACAGCAACUGUUCUGCAUGAACGCUGGAAAAUACAUUUCCCUCACAACGCAAUUGAAAAUGCAGAAUCGUUCCGGGAAUGUCUUUUUUCAGGAGACGGGGUUCAAUUAUUGUAGGAGCUGUUUUAGAGAAAAUAGAGUUGACCAACAUUAUGGUCAUUUAAUUGUUGCAGUUUGUGGUGCUGUUGAGUUGCAUCACGCUACACUGAGAGUUGUUUCUAAUUUCUUAUUAAUGAGUUUUUUUAGCUACUCUAGAGGCGUGGCUCUGAGGAUGGCAAUCACUUAGUCCAUCACUUUGGCCCAUACUAAAAUGUCUCAACUACUGAAUGGAUUACUAUGUAAUUUUGUACAUCAUUUAUUGUCCCCAAAGGAUAAAUCCUACUGGCUUUUAUUGA